AUGGUUGGCUACAUGAAGGAGGUUGCCAAGCUGGGCGGUGAGCUGAGCGUCGAUGAGCGCAACCUCCUCAGCGUUGCUUACAAGAAUGUUGUCGGUACGCGCCGUGCCUCUUGGCGUAUCAUCUCCUCCAUUGAGCAGAAGGAGGAGAGCAAGGGCUCUGACAAGCACGUCGGAACCAUCCGCGAAUACCGCACCAAGAUCGAGACCGAGCUUGAGCAGGUCUGCCAGGAUGUCCUCGAUGUCCUCGACGACAGCCUCAUCCCUAACGCCCAGACCGGCGAGUCUAAGGUCUUCUACCACAAGAUGAAGGGUGACUACCACCGUUACCUUGCCGAGUUUGCUUCCGGCGAGAAGCGUAAGGGUGCUGCCACUGCGGCCCAUGAGGCUUACAAGAGCGCUACCGACGUGGCUCAGACCGAGCUCACCCCCACUCACCCCAUCCGCCUCGGCCUGGCUCUCAACUUCUCCGUCUUCUACUACGAGAUUCUGAACUCGCCCGACCGUGCUUGCCACCUUGCCAAGCAGGCGUUCGAUGAUGCUAUUGCCGAGCUUGAUUCUCUCUCUGAGGAGUCUUACCGCGACAGCACCCUCAUUAUGCAGCUUCUCCGUGACAACCUCACUCUCUGGACCUCUUCUGACAGCGGUGACGCCGAGGGUGCUGCAGCCGGCACCACCGAUGCCCCCGCCGAGGAGAAGAAGGAGGAGUCCAAGGCCGAGGAGCCUAAGGCUGCUGAGGAGACUCCCGCUGCCUCCUAA